AUGAAUAGUCACAUUUUUGCUCAACGUGUACCAAGUAAGACCUUGUCCCCUUUUCCGAAAAGGGGUUUCUCUUUAACUACUAAUUCAUAUCAAGCACAAGUAUCUACCAUUUACAAAAUUCCUAAACACCGUAUACAGCAAAAGAUUGCUGCGAUCGAGAGGGAACGUCCUUUUAGUAAUUUUUUGACAGAUAAAUUUGAAAGACAACAUACUUAUUUAAGAAUUUCACUAACGGAAAAAUGUAAUUUAAGAUGUACUUAUUGUAUGCCAGCAGAAGGUGUUGAUUUGACCCCUUCACACGAACUUUUAUCAACCAAAGAGAUUGUACGUCUAGCGAGUUUAUUUGUUUCUCAAGGAGUUAAUAAAAUUAGAUUAACUGGUGGGGAACCAACCGUAAGAAAAGAUUUGGUUGAUUUAGUUGGUGAAUUAGGAAAGUUAAAACAAUAUGGUUUGAAAACGUUAGCCAUGACUUCUAACGGUAUAGCGUUAAAACGAAAGUUACCUGAAUUGGUCAAAAAUGGGUUGAAUUUGUUGAACGUUAGUGUAGAUACACUAGAUCCAUUCAAAUUUGAACUAAUUACUCGUCGAAAAG